AUGGAACCAAACUCUACUUCAACAAGAAAUGCAACUGCAAAAAAUGCUAGAAGGCGAAGAAAGCUUAUUUUAGCUCAACGUCGACGCACGCGUAAAAAUUGGACAGGCAAGCUACCAACUGUCUUGCUACAAACAGCUCCAGUUCCCAUGGGUAAACAAACACAUGCGCAGAAUCCUACUAUAUUUGAAACUGGGCAAUCUUCUAAUUCUGCUUCUAUUGCUAGGAAGAGGAGGAAGAUCAUUUUGGAUAACAGGAACAAUGGUUGUAAUCACCCAAAUAAAGAAAAUUCACCCUUAGUCAAACAACCUGGAUUAGUCCCAACUCAUACACCAAAUUCACAUCAUCGUACCCCUCUAUCGGACAGCCUAUCUAACCAGUGCUUCACUGCCCCGUCCAAUACACUUAUACAUCGACAAUCACUCCAAAAAAGGAGGAGAACACUCCCCACUCAUGGCAAUAACCUACUGAGGCGUUUUGACCAAACCAGUCCACUGCCAUUUAACACUAACCAUGCUUCUACUUCCAAUGCAGGCAGCAAAACACUUAAUAGAACAUCGCAUGUUGACACCACUGCCAAUAACACGUUUGAUACGGACUCUAACUCUGAAGAUGAUGUGAACCUGGGGGAUUCUUCUUCUAAUGAUGAUGAAAGCCUCGAUAAUGAUGAUGUUGUCGACUCCCUUUUAGAACAGUACUCUGACAUAGGAGAUAGAGUUUGGGAUUGCCCAUUUUGUCAUGCAUCCAUGUGGUAUCAGGAACGCAGAGACAAAUCACGGCAUACGACUAUUCCUAAGUUUCACCGGUGUUGUCGGAGUGGAAAAGUUGUAUUGCCGUUACUUUUAAAUCCCCCCCCAUUGCUGCAGCGUCUACUACAUGAUAAAAAUGGCCCAGAGAGUAAGAACUACCAAAGCAACCUUCGCACUUAUAACGCCAUGUUUUCGUUUACUUUUCCAGGGAUGAAAUUUGACGACACCGUUGCACAUGGGGGAGGACCACCUACUUUACGACUUCACGGUCAAACAUGUCAUCGUAUAGGGACGUUGAUGCCGAAUGUUGGACAGCAUCCCCAAUAUGCUCAACUAUAUAUAUAUGACACCGACAAUGAAGUCGAUAACAGGAUGAAAUGCUUCGGGGACAGUGAUGUUCUCAGCAGGGAUAUUGUUCUUAAGUUAAAGGAUAUGUUGGAUGGAUGCAAUCCCCAUGCAAGGGCAUUUCGAAUGGCAAGAGAUCUUUUGAGAGGAAAUGAGUUCUUAGACUUGAAGAUACGACUAAUCAGUGAUAGGGCUGAAGAUGGCCGUGUAUACAAUACACCAACUGUGUCAGAGGUGGCUGCUCUGAUCGUUGGUGAUAUUGAUCCCACGACAGAGAGAGACAUCAUCGUCCAUGCACGCAAUGGCCAUUUGCAAAAAAUUACCGAAUUUCAUCCUGCUUACUUGGCCUAUCAAUACCCGCUCAUUUUUGUUUAUGGGGAGGAUGGAUAUAGGAAAAAUAUACUGCACAGGUAUGAACACGAAACUGAGGUUAACAGGAAGAACCGCCAAUCAAUCAAAGAUUGGCUGUGUUUUCGUUUGCAGGAGCGCAAAGCCGAGGCAAAGACAUUGCUUCACUCAAGACGGCUUUUUCAACAGUUCUUGGUCGAUGGGUUCGCAAUGAUGGAAUCAGAACGUCUCAGUUGGUUGAGGACUAACCAGUCCAAGUUACGAGUUGGAAAAUAUAAUCGGUUGAAUGAGCAAACUCGCGGGGCACAGGCGAACACAGCACCAAAGCGAGGAAAAAGGGUAGUUUUGCCAUCUACUUUUGUUGGGAGCAAGCGUUACAUGGACCAACUAUAUUUUGAUGGUAUGGCCAUUUCAAGUAAGUUGGGCUUCCCAGAUUUGUUUGUAACGUUUACUUGUAAUCCUGCUUGGCCUGAAAUAGAACGUGCAUUAUCUGGUACUAAUUUAAAGCCACAUGAUAGACCUGAUCUCAUAACCAAAGUUUUCAAAAUCAAAUUUGAUGAUCUCAUGACUGAUAUAACAAAACGGCACGUGCUCGGGAAGGUUAUUGCAUUUAUGUACACUAUUGAAUUUCAAAAACGAGGAUUGCCGCAUGCUCAUAUAUUGGUCUUCCUACACCCUCAAAGCAAAUAUCCGACACCAGCAGAUAUAGAUAAAAUCAUUUGUGCUGAAAUCCCAGACCCCACUUUACAUCCAACACUAUAUAAAUUGGUCUCCGCCCACAUGAUGCAUGGUCCGUGCGGUCCGUCGAGGAUGACUUCACGCUGCAUGAAAAAUAGAAAAUGCACCAAAUUCUUCCCCAAGCCCUUCCAAGAAGAUACUGUUGUUGAUGCGGAUGGCUAUCCCCUCUAUAGGAGGCGAUCAAAUACCCAUGUUAUCCAGAAAAAUGGUGUAUCUUUGGAUAAUCGACAUGUUGUACCUUACAAUACAAGAUUCCUCCUGAAAUACCAUGCUCAUAUUAACAUGGAGUGGUGUAACCAAAGCACAUCAAUCAAAUAUCUAUUCAAGUAUAUCCACAAAGGGUUUGAUAGAAUCGGAGCUACAAUUUCAACUUCUGGUAACGGCUCAGGAAACGACACAGAGCCUGUUGAUGAGAUCAAACAGUAUCUGGAUUGUAGAUAUGUGUCCCCGAGUGAGGCGUGUUGGAGAAUUUAUUCCUACAACAUUCAUGGCAGGAAACCGGCGGUCGAACGUAUGUAUUAUCAUUUAGUAGGUGAGCAGGCUGUUUACUACCCCGAUCAUGCAAGAAUGGAAAAUAUCUUGGAAAAAGCAAGUGUAACGGAGUCUAUGUUCACUGCUUGGUUUGUUGCUAAUGGGAAAUACGAGGAGGCACGGUCACUUACAUAUGGUCAGUUUGUGUCAAAAUUUGUUUAUGACAAAAAAACCAGAACAUGGAAACCGCGGAAAAAGGGGUUCACCAUUGGUCGUUUGAUCUGGGUUCCACCAACCACUGGAGAGUUGUUUUACUUACGACUGAUGUUGACCGUAGUGAAGGGACCACUAACUUACGAAGAAAUUCGCAAAGUAGGUGACACACAGUUUGAUACUUUUAGGGAUGCAUGCUUUGCAAUGGGAUUCCUAGAAGAUGACCGAGAAUACAUUCGGGCAAUACGGGAGGCCAGUGAAUGGGGGUCUGGCCAUUUCCUCCGCAAACUUUUUGUAGUGAUGCUUUUAUCCUCGGCUGUUAAUAGGCCUGCUCAUGUUUGGAACGAGACGUGGGAUCUACUAUCUGAAGGUCUGCUGCAUCAGCAAAGACAGUUGGCUCACAAUAAAGAUUUGGUGCUCACUGAAGAUCAGUUAAAGAAUUUGACUUUGACGGAAAUCGAGAAACUUCUGCAGGCAAAUCGAAGAAGCCUCAGCGACUUUAAACCAAUUCCAUAUCCUGAUGGAUACGUUCUACAACAAUUAGGGAACAGGUUGGUUUAUGACGAACGAAGUUACGAUGUGCCUACAAUGAGAACAGAAUUCACGUCGCUUUUCACAGCUCUGACAGACGAGCAAAGGUUAAUUUUUGAUAAAAUUAUGGCGUCUGUUAACGCGCAAAAGGGUGGUGUCUUUUUCCUACAUGGUUAUGGUGGAACCGGUAAGACUUACAUGUGGCGAACACUUGCAAGUGCAUUGAGGUCCAAACAUGAUAUUUGUCUUACCGUUGCAACAAGUGGAAUAGCUUCUUUGUUGUUGCCCGGUGGUAGAACUGCCCAUUCUAAAUUCAAGAUACCUGUUCCAACAAUGGACAAUUCAACGUGCAAUAUUGAAUAUAAUGAUGACGUCGCAGACCUCCUAAGGCAGACUAAGCUUAUCAUUUGGGAUGAAGCACCAAUGGCACACAAACAUGCUUUUGAAGCACUGGAUCGAACAUUGAAGGAUGUCAUGUCUACAUACAGUAAUUCAGAGGAGAUCUUUGGCGGUAAGGUAGUUGUUUUUGGUGGUGAUUUUAGACAGAUUUUGCCCGUUGUACCUAGAGGGAGUCGUUCGGAUAUUGUACAUUUUGCCAUAAAUGCUUCUUACAUAUGGCGGAAUGUUGAAGUCUUAACUUUAACGCAUAACAUGCGACUUCAAUCCGGCCCAGAUGAAGCAGGAAAAAAGGAAAUUGCCGACUUCUCAAAAUGGCUGUUGCAAAUUGGUGAAGGCAAACUUUCCGAGCCAAAUGAUGGAUUUGCGGAUAUUCAACUGCCAAAAGAACUUUUGAUCACGGAUUACACAGACCCAAUUGUUGCUAUCGUAAAUAGUACUUAUCCUGAUUUUAUCGAAAACUACCAAUCUAACGACUACUUAAAGAGUAAGGCGAUACUUGCUUCUACAUUGGAAGUUGUCGAUCAAAUAAACAAUCACGUCCUUGAUCUGAUGCCAGGGGAAACCAAGGAUUACUACAGCUCAAAUACCGUCGAUAGGUCAGAAAUUCAUGACACCAAUGUAGUCGAUAUACUCACACCGGAGUUUCUCAGUUCAUUAACCACUUCGGGUUUGCCUAACCAUCUCAUUAGGUUGAAGGUAGGAACACCUGUUAUGCUUAUGCGUAACAUAGACCAGUCUGAGGGUUUGUGUAACGGAACUAGGGUAAUGAUAACUAGGAUGGCAAACCACGUCAUAGAGGCUAAAAUAAUGGCGGGUCACUACAAGGAAAAACAUGCAGUAGCUUGGAAUGAGACGCAGUGCAUCCGUGACCUACACCAUGAUUCUACUGGUGGAUUACGUGAAUUUUCAAUUGGUUGA